GCGCGCUCUCCGCAUUUGAGACGCGCUUUCUGCAGGAGCGUCGCGUAUCGCAGGUUAUGCGAGAUUUACUACACGUCCACAAAUAGACGAUUGACCUCAUUGGGCAGUUGUACUCUCGCUUUAACUGACAUACUCACGGGCAGGUUGCUCAAACGCGAUACUGAAGCGAAAGGCAGCUGCUAUGGAGACCGAGAGCGCAUCGGUGCCCGUAAGGACGGUAAACACGCGCGGGUGUGACUCAGUGUGUCUUCUGUAGGGCAAACGCGACCGUGGGUUUCUCUUCUGAAGGAUGGGCUACUCAGAUCCGACAGCUAGUAGAGAUCUGUUAGGAAACAGAUCCUUGUGUUUUAUUUUCAUAUGUGCUUUUGGACUGGUCACCUUAUUGCAGCAAAUCCUCUAUGGCAAGAACUACAUUAAAAGUGGGCAACAGUUUUCCCGCCUCAAAGGAGAGGAGGUGGGCAACUGGAGCGGGCUCAUUAGUUACCCCGAUGAAGGAGGGAUGAAGCCGGCCAGAAAUGGGAGGAAAAGAUGUGUCCGUCAGAAUUUUCAGCAUUCUGAGGCUCAGAGCUCCGUAGUUAUCACGCCCUGCCUAGCUGAUAUUCAGAAGAAAAAAAAAGAAAAGAAAAGGUAUCUGGAACGCCCCGAUGGCUCUUUGGAGUUCAACUCCACUUCCUGCAAGGAACUACGGCAAGAAAUCACAGAUGUGAAAGUACUGACCAUGGUGAAGACAUCAGAGCUGUUUGAGCGAUGGAGGAACCUGCAGGUGUGUAAGUGGGCGCAAAACAAGGAGCAGGCGGAGAACUUCAGAACGUCUCUGUCUCGUUGCUGCAAUGCCCCCUCCUUCCUGUUUACCACAAAGAGAAACACUCCCUCGGGCAGCAAACUGCGUUAUGAGGUGGAUACGAGUGGAAUCUUGCACAUCAGCCCGGAGAUCUUUAAAAUGUUCCCUGAUGACAUGCCCUAUUCCAAAUCCCAGUUUAAGAAAUGUGCCGUCAUCGGGAACGGCGGCAUCAUCAAAACAAGCAAAUGUGGACGAGAGAUUGAUGCAGCUGACUUUGUCUUCCGAUGUAAUAUUCCUCCCAUCUCAGAUAUGUACAGUGAAGAUGUGGGAUCUAAGACUGACCUUGUUACAGUAAAUCCCAGCAUUAUUACUGAGAGGUUUCAAAAGUUGGAGAAAUGGAGAAAGCCAUUUUACGACAUUCUGCGGAAUUACGAGAACUCCUCUGUGGUUUUGCCGGCGUUCUAUAACACACGGAACACAGACGUGUCGUUCCGCGUGAAGUACAUGCUGGAUGACUUCGAGUCGGCCCGCGGCGUGUUCUUCUUCCACCCGCAGUACCUGCUGAAUUACUUUGAAAUGUGUGUUCUGUCUCCACCCACUCCCAAAGAACUACAAAUGAUGUAG